AUGGCUAUCAUUCGUGGUCUGAAAGCAGCAGCUUGGAUCGCCCUUGUCUUGGGCCAAGUCCAGCUUGCAAUUGCUGUGCCAGCGGCUGCCAAGUUCGCCAAGAGAAACACGACGGAUCUCCACAGCUCUUACGACUACGUGAUUGUGGGCGGAGGCUUGAGUGGCCUUGUGGUUGCCAAUAGACUCACCGAAGAUCCGGAUGUAACUGUCUUGGUUGUUGAGUAUGGAGACUUCGACGUCAGCUGGGACGUAGCUAUACCCUACUACGCUUCUAACCUACACCCCAACGAUUUGAUCCAAUUCUUGUCCAUCCCACAACCUGGAUUGAACAAUAGGACUUCUGGUGUUCAGACUGGAACAGUAGUUGGAGGUGGCUCUACUGUCAAUGGCAUGGCAUUUGAUCGCGGCUCGAAAGCCGACUACGACGCGUGGGAAGAGCUAGGCAACCCGGGAUGGAAUUGGGACAGCCUCUUCCACUAUUUCAAAAAGUCAUCUACAUUUACGCUUCCCGCGCCCGAGUAUGUCGAGAGGUACAACUUUAGUUACGACCCGAGCACCUAUGGUGAUGGUCCUCUCCAAGCUGGCUUUCCCUCGUGGCAAUGGCCCGACAGAGAUCUUCAAAGAAAGGCCUGGAUUGAGGACAUUGGCGUUCCUGUACUCGAUGACCACGGUGCCGGAGGAAACAACGUUGGCCUGGCUCAGCUCCCCCAAAACCACGACCCAAAGAACGUUACUCGGUCGACCUCGAGAACAGCAUACUAUGAGCCUAUCGCCGAAACUCGCAAGAAUCUCAACCUCCUUGUGAAGCACUAUGCUUCGAAGAUCGAGUUCGAGGAUAAGAAAGCUGUCGGCGUCAACAUCAUCUCACGCGAAACUAACGCCACAACAUUGGUGAAGGCAAAGAAGGAAGUCGUCCUUGCCGCCGGCGGCGUUCAGACGCCGAGAGUCCUGCUCCAGAGUGGCAUCGGCCCCGCUGGGCUGCUGGAGUCUCUCGACGUCGAUGUAGUCGCCGACCUCCCUGGUGUGGGUAGCAACUACCAGGAUCACGCAUGGAUGUUGAUGUUGUAUACGUACGGUAACCCUCCUGAGCUUGGGAGCGAGGCCAUGAACGAUCCGGCAUUCUUCAAUGCAUCUGAGGCCGAGUACUUUGCCAAUCGAACUGGGCCCUUCACUCACGCUCGUGGAAAUAAUAUCAUCUUCAGAUCUCUCCAGGAUCUUACUCCGGAAUAUGAAGCUCUGUCAGCGUCUGUCGAAGCCCAGAACGCGCUCGACUUCCUUCCGGAGAUCUACUCAGAGCACCCCGAGCUUCUAGAGGGCUUCCUAUCUCAGCGUGAGGCUCUCACCAAACUGUUCCGAAACCCAGAGGCAGGCGUGCUGGAGAUCCCCUUCGGAGGCUUCUCUGGUGGCGCAAUUGCUUUCCAGAAGCCUCUGUCUCGUGGUACCAUCAAGAUCAGCUCAACCAACCCUGACCCUGCCAACCCGCCCAUCAUCGACUUUGGUACCCUUCAAAAUCCCGUUGAUGUCGAUAUUGCAGUCCUCAGUGUCAAAGAUUUCCGCAAAGUCUGGGAUACUCCCACUUUGGCGAUUAGGGAGGCCGUUGAGAUCUCUCCGGGUGUCAACGUCACAUCUGACCAGGCCAUUGCUGAAGCUAUUAGGAACUCCCUUUUUGCCAGCUUUGCGCACCCCAGCGGAGCAGCGAGUUUGCAACCUUUGGAGCAUGGUGGCGUUGUGGACCCCCAACUUCGUGUCUACGGUGUUGAGAGCCUGAGGGUGGUUGAUGCCAGUAUCAUUCCACUGAUUCCAGCCUGUCAUUUGCAAGCGACUAUGUAUGCCGUAGCUGAAAAGGCUGCCGAUAUUCUGAAGGAGAAUUAG